GUUUGCUAUUCACCUUGCUAUGUAGAGAUGGGCAUUCCUAUUUCCUUCGGGAUGAAGCCUAAUGGGAAAUCCACACUUCCUGAUUUUUGCUUCAAUUUGGAAAAGUUGGGAAAGUAAGGCUGGUGUCAAACAGAGAGGCAGCAAAAGAAAAAAAUGCGCCGUUUUACGAUCCGCCAGAAGUCCAGCACUUUCCUUAGACCUCUCGAGGAGAGUGGAGAAGAGCGGCGCGUCUCCACGUUUAUUCUCCCCUCAGGCUCCCGGACCUGAUCCCCAAGAGCCAACCAAGCGCGAAAGGCAAACUCGGGCUGGCUCUCCUCUCCUUCAAGAGGGUGCCCAGCCGCCACCUUGGCGAUCUCUGGGCUGCUGCCAUCACUGUGGCGCCCGAAGGCUGGGUGGAAAAGUCGUCAGGUGGGCCAGAGGCUCGGUCCCGCCCUCCCGCAGGCAGUGCGCCGCUGUUGGCGCCUACAAUUCCUCCCGGCAAGCGGCGACCGAUGGCUGAGCAGCGGCAGCCCGGUGUCCUCGAGAAGGCGAUGGGCAAAGCGGAGAUCGCUAUGACUCCCCUACAGCAGUGGGGAGAAGAGGCUGAAGAUGAAGCCAUCUAUAGCAUCACCCUUGAGCGAAUGAAGGCAGAGCCUGCAGCCAGUGGAGCAUCUUGCUUGAAGGAGCAUCCAGAAACACCAGAAUGUCCUUUUGUCCAGUACCGUACUUGCAAAAGGCGCACAUUGCGGGCUGCCACCCUCCCCCAGCUGGUGAAAUGGCUGCUGACAGCAAAAGAGGAAGGUGACCUUGGCUACACCUCCAGCUUCCUGGCUACCUAUCAAGCCUUUGCUACUCUCAUGCAGGUGUUGGAGCUGCUGCUGCCUCUGGGACCAGAUAAGGCAGUACUCCAUGUAUUGGAGCAGUGGCUGCAGCAUCACCCUGAGGAUUUCUGGGAACCUCCAGAGUAUCCUAAUCUGCACAAAAUUUUGUUUUUCCUCCAUCAAUCUGCUCCUAACUCCCCAGUGUGUGCUUUGGCAAAGGGAUUGCUACAAGCCCACAAAGAAAAGGAGGUAAAUGGAGGCAAUUCCCCAGGGAUGGGACCAUCACAGGUGAUCACAGAGGCAGCUGGGACAGAUGACUGUGAAGAGAUAUCAGCACUGAUGUCCUUCUCUGUGGAUGAAGUGGCCGAACAGCUGACACUGAUGGAUGCUAACCUCUUUAGAGCAGUGCUACCCUUCCACUGCCUUGGCUGCAUUUGGUCCCAACGAGACAAGAAGAAGAAUCAGCACAUGGCUCCCAGUGUCCGUGCUACUGUGAUCCAGUUUAAUGCAGUCACCAGCUGUGUUAUCACAUCUGUGCUGGGGGAUCUGGCCAUGCACAUUCCCCAGCGUGCAAACCUGCUGGAGAAAUGGAUCCAAAUUGCUGGACGAUGCCGGGCCUUAAGGAAUUUCUCUUCACUAUAUGCCAUCCUCUCUGCUCUCCAAUCCAACUCUAUUUACCGACUAAAGCGCACCUGGGCUGCAGUCAACAGAGAAACCAGGAGCUCCUUUCGAAAGCUCUCACAGAUCUUCUCUGAAGACCACAAUCACUUGAACUGCCCAGAAAUCUUGCUGCAGACUCCUACCAUCCCAUACCUUGGCACCUUUUUAACUGACCUGAUCAUGCUGGAUACAGCACUGCCAGAUUUUGUGGAGGGCCAGCUCAUUAACUUUGUGAAGAGGCGCAAGGAAGCAGCAAUCCUCUUCUCUAUCUGUCAUCUGCAACAGUCCUGUCAGGGAUACAACCUUUGCCUGAAUCCAUCCUUCCACUUGGCCUUCCACCGCCAGCAGCAGCUUUCUGAAGACCAGAGCUACUGCAUUUCUUGUAUGAUAGAACCACCAGCCGACUCCUGUCCCAGCUCGCCAAAGCUGCAUCGUAGUCUGACCAAACGCUUCAGCUCACUCCUCUUGGGCUCAGAACCAUCUGCAGCUCCUUCCGGGUCUGAAAAGACUGGAACUAUGCCACUGAGCUCCUCUAGUAGCCUUAACUCUGAAGAUGGAUCCAGUGUCCCUUGCUCCCCAACACGGGUAUCCCCUGGAGUCAAGGAUCCACCUGUAACUCAGUUGAAAACCUGCCCUCUGCGUGAGCAACCUGUGCCACCUUCCAUCUCUAAACAGGGAGAGACAGAAUCUCGCAUUGUCCGUGUCCAUACGAACAAUAUCUGUGGAAAUGGAAACCUUUAUCGCAGCAUUCUGAUCACUAGCCAGGAUAAGACCACAGCUGUGAUAGAGCGGGCCUUGCAGAAGCACAAACUGGAAGAGGACUCACCAUGCAACUACCAACUUCUGCAACUUCUGGGGGGUGGUCAAGAGUUGCUGAUUCCUGAUAGUGCAAAUGUUUUCUAUGCCAUGAAUCCUGCUGGACCCCAUGACUUCUUCCUGCUCCAGAAAAAGGGAAUCACCAGGGAACCACGCUUGAAGCCAAAGCCUGGGAGCAAAGCUGCUCUUCGCCACAUCCCCUCUCUCAAAGAUUUUGGCACCCUUGCUGCCAGUUCAUGCUUCAUAUUUUCACAUAGUGCACCUAAUAGCCCAGUUUCCUUUUCUCCAUCACUCUCUGCUGAGGAUCCACACUUUAGAUCAUGUCUUUCAACACAUCCAUUUUUAGCUCCUUCCUCCUGGUUCUUGGAAAAUCAGUUAGUAAUAGCCCCCCCUGAUUCUCCCCCACCCUAUCUGUCUGUCCCUCAACACCCACUUCCCUUGGAAACCAGGUGCCCAGUUCCCCCUCAUAUUGUGCAGAAAUUGCAGGCACCUUCUUCUGUGCCACAGUCGCCUUAUGCUUCCAAGAGGACAUCAUUUUGGUCAGAAUCCCCACCAACAUCUCUUGUACAAAUCCAGAGUAAUCAAGAGUUGAACAGCAUAGGAACAGAUCUUCAAAGCCAAAGAUAGCUUGUCUGAUUACAACACUUCUGUAACAUGCAAGUGGCUAAGAAACUGAAGAAUCCAUGAAAGAUUAUAAUUAUUCUGAAUUGGUCAUCUGUAGGAUCCUGCUUUGCCCACUCAGAAUCCUUGUGGGAGAUCAAUAACCAUACUGCCCAAAGGCCAUCAAUUCCAAAAAAAGCAUCUUUGGUUACAAAUAGCAUUUUGAGAAGUCCCCAAAUAAUAGCACCUGGUUGCUUCAAAAAACUGAGCUAGUCUUUAGUUUUAAGGGAAGGUGAUGUUCACAUAUUCAUGGCCUUCAAAAUUUAAUAGUGUAGCCAAGGGCAGACCUGUGUAGAUGGAUGAUCUGUGAUAGUGAUAUCUUUGUUAUGUGAAAGCAUACAUUUCUUUUCACAUGAUUCUGUAAUAUUUCCCAUUUUUGUUGCUUGUAGAACUACCAUGUGGCGUCCACACAAUCUAUCAUAGCUUUGCUGAAAAGAGACCCACCAAAACCCCAAACACAAUGGUAGGCAGGUAUGACCAGCUUCAAUAUACCUGUGCUGCACUCUUUAAGCCUUCUUCCUUCCUGCUCUCCAGAUAGUCCAGUUAUUAUGAGAAUGUACGCAUGUUUCAUACAGCAGUACAAAUCUUUUUUAAUUAAAUUAAUCAAGAUUCUCUGAAUGCCAGAAUUUCCUAAACAUUUAGUGCUGCUUGCUCAGUUCUAUCACAAUUGUCAGUAACAGGGUUGGAAUAAUUUUAUGAACAAGAUGCAUGAAGUAGCUAAUAGAAGAACCAAACAGUAGUCCAUAAAAGUGCUAAGGCAAUUCUGCCCUUGAGGCUUUGAAGAUACUGCCCACUCCCACAUAAGCUGUAAUUCAAUCAUUUAACUCAUUCCCUGAUUCAGGGGAAAAAAUGGAUUACCUGUAGGCCUAAAAACAACAAGAGCCAGGACUUUAUGCUUGCUGUCUUAAACUGAGAAUGUGUCAGGUCCAGAAACCAAGAAAGAUAUAUGGUGAUUCUUCCAAACAGAUUUUUUUAUUGUUCAACACAAGACAGAAUCUUGCCAACUGAAGCAUUCUACUAUCUAGAUCCAGCAUGUAGAACUAAAAGGAAGGAGCUGUCGUCACUCUCUUUCUCUCACACAAAAUAGCUGGACUGAGCUGCCUCUUAUUUCUCUGGAAUGUGCCCCCUCCCUCCUGGGAAUCCAGUCUUCUACAUUCCAUCACAGUGGGGAAGCACAAUUUGGAGACCCCCCCCCCAAAGGUUCACCUGUUACCUUGCCAAGGAUAGCCUUGAGUGCAAGGAUGAUCUAUCAUCCUGGCCGAAGUAGGAAUUUUAACAUAUCAUGCACAGCUGGUAGAUUUUUUUUCUUUUGUUGAUGCUUGAGACUUUAGCACUUGAAAUGCAUAUUGUUCUGUGGUCUUGGGAAAGUUUCCCUCUCCCUAAAGCAAAAGAUGCUUUGAUGUAGUUUUCAGAUGAAGGGAAAAUAAGCUGAUUAGGUACUGCAACAAUUUUCACUCAGAACAGUGUGGUUUAUCUCUUAGAAAUUUCAGAGAAAGCCCUGAAUUGCCCUUAAGUUGUUAGCUUGGCCCACAGUAUAAGAUUAGCCUGCACAAAAGUGACAAAAUUCAGGUCUUUGGAUGUUCCAGUUAUAGUCUGGGGAAAUGCAAUCCCAGGCCACAGUUGGUGUUCCUAUGCUUUAACUCAAACAUAUAAAGAGAAUUCUGUUCAUGAGAUGGGUGUCAGAAUCCAAUUAUAUUUCAUCUUUAAUUAUCAAAUAUAGAAACUCCCAAUUCUGCCAUCUUUGGAUUCUGCCAUAAGAGGGAGAGAAGGGGGAGAACAAAGGGGCUUUAUGGCCCUCACU